AUGUCAGCGCGUCUUUCGGCGCAAGCUGGAGGUGCUCAAGGCAGCUCGUCCAAUCGAGGACGGGUAUCGGCAGGACCUUCCGGCGCUCAAGGAGGGCCCGGCGGUAGAUCAGGUGGACCAGCGUCCAAUGUCAAUGCGUCAGGAUCCACGAGGCCUUCCCCUCAUCCCACUGCUCCUAGAAGGGUUGUGCCUCGCACCACCCAACAGCAGCAACAGCAACAGCAGCGCGAGAACGCUGCCAAUGCUGGCGCACCUUGGAGGAGCAGCUUGUGAGUCUGACGCGGUGCAUGUAAAUGUGGAACGUUAAGCGGCCUGAGCUUACCCUCGCUGCUUUUCUUUCUCGGCCAUCGCUGUAGAGACCUAGUGUGGUCAUAUUCGCGCUCGCAGGCUUUCUUUGGGGACAACAUCGCUACUGAGCCAUCCUUCGUCGACCGGCGGUGGGCAGGACCAGCCCUGGGUACCGAAGGCCAAGAUUCUUCCGAAUUGGCAUCUGACACGGGAGACGAGACCUACUCCGACUAUGAAGAAGAGCUGGAAGAUGAAGAUGGUCUAGAAGGGGAGUUCUCUAACGAUGUAGGAGUCACCCUGCCCGGACAGAUGGAAUGGGAAGAACCACUACCACCCAACGCGGUGGGUAGACGGCGCAGUGCAACUCCCAUCGAGGGUCCCGCGGCCAGGCAUGCCAGGAAUUGGAGGUUGAGCAGCUUGGCUAGGGAAGAAGACGAGGACGAGGAAAGAAGUCGGAGCAGAAGUCGUAGUCCCAAGCGCAUCGAAGCAAGCGCACCUCAAAGACGUGGCAGGGUGGGCGGCGGAUCCAGUCGCUUCAGGAACAGCGACUCGAGCCAGUUUACCGAAGCGGAGAUGAGCAGCGGUAGCGAGCUUCAGAACGGCAGAGGUGCUGGCAUGAGAGGAGCACAAAGCAGGAGUGCUCAGGCCCAGCAUACAGAGUCCACGCCCCUACUGAGCACCAGCCCGACAGAGUCCAUACCGCGCCGGAAAAGCUCGGCACUCUCGGCUAGCGGUGCGAGAAGGACGAGCUAUGCUAGCAAAACGGCCAGUGGUCUUUCGCAUCGGUCUUUUCAGGAAAAUGCGGGAUCGUCAACAUUUUGGCAGUCCUGGUUCAACACUGUCAAUGCGCUGGUUGGUAUUGGUAUUCUGUGAGUGUGGCGCUCCUUGUAUUUGCUAGCACCAGACUUGAAAACUGAAGGAACGUACAUGAUGCGUCUGAUGCAGAGCGCUUCCACUUGCGCUUUCGUAUGCGGGAUGGAUUCCCGGUAUCAUCUUGUUUUUGCUCUGCGGUCUACUGACCAAUUACACCGGAAAGAUUCUGGCAAACAUCAUGAGUCGGGAUGUGUCGCUCCGGACGUAUGCAGACAUCGGAGCGUAUGCAUUUGGUCCCAGCGCUCGAGUCUGGGUCAGCGGCUUCUUUUGCCUGGAGCUGUGGGCCGUUGGCACCGGUGAGUGGUUGUCCUCUUGGAAUUGGUUGCGAAUGUGGGAAGAGGCUAUGGUCAGUCGACUGACCUUCAUGCGACCUUCAGCUCUCGUAAUCCUUUUCGGCGAUAGCACAUAUGCGCUCGUACAGGCCUCAGCGAAAGGCUACAGGAUUGAUAGUCCAGCUGCGAACGCCGAGCUGCUGUACACGCUUGGCGGGAUUUCAACUUGGUCACCCACUGCAUUCAAAGCGCUAGGCUUGGUCAUUGCUUUGCCUACCGUCUUUCUUCCUCUACGCUUGUUGAGCCCGAUCAGCGUUGUUGGCAUUGUCAGCAUUUUGAGUAAGUAUGAUGAUGGGCACGACCAUUUGAAAGGUUACUUCACCCUAUCCUUUUGCUGAUGCUCUUCCCGGUAUAUUCCCUUCAGCUCUCUUUGCUGUUGUUCUCUCGGACGGACUCAUCAAGAAGGAGAGACCUGGUUCUUUGUGGGACCCAGCAGUCACCUCUCUGUGGCCAGAGUGGUCCAGACUGCCUCUCAGCUUUGGACUGAUCAUGAGCGGCUUUUCAGCCCAUCCCAUCAUACCCUCCAUCAGCAAAGACAUGAAGGACCCUGCCGUGUUUGGCAAAAUGCUCGACUUGGCUUACAUUGCUGCCACCCUGAUCUACCUGGCGAUGGGCAUUGUCGGAGUGAGCAUGAAUGCGUCUCUGUUGUCACGACCAUCUGCGGGCCAGGCAAGCUCACCAAGCUCAUCUCGCUGCGCUCUAUCAGUACCUCCUUUUUGGCCACGAAGUCAGCUCGGAGGUGAGGCAUGCUAGUGACACUUGCCUGCAUCGGUUGUCAUGCUGACGCUUUUGACCACGUUUGCCUAUCAUCUCAAAUUCCAGAUCACUCAAGACUUAUCUCGCACAGCGGGCUACCCGCGCGUUCUCAAUAAAAUAGCCAUAUGGAUGAUGGUAGUCUCCGCGCUCUCGAAAUUCGCUCUCGCUGUCCGCCCCCUCAACACCACUGUCGAGUUACUGGCUGGCGUGGAGCAAAGCCUAUGUCUGCCGUUCAAGAGCCCCUCCGGCAUCAACAGGCGCCGGGCUUCUGUUGCGAAGCUGGACAGUGAGCGCGGUAGGGCAGGUUUGGGUGCCCAUUCGCAAUUUGGCCUUGGCGGAGACGAUAUCGAGCCCCGCCUCGACCUUAGCAAAGCGGAGCCUCCCGCUGCUGCAAAGGCUACGAGUUUGGGUGCAAACCCAGCUGCGGAAGACCCUGACUCGGGGUCCAUCACUCCCAUUGCGGAUCCAGAGACGGGGACCACCCUACCGAAUCUGAGCUCCGACAAUCCUCUCGCUGGUAGCGCGAUAAGUCUUCGAGCUGCUAGGACCACUUCGACAUGGACUCCUCGUACCCGUGCCUUGCUGAGGGCAAGCCUCAGGGUGGGUGUAGCUCUCCUUGUCGGCCUGACCGCCAUCUUGCUUCCAGGCUUCGAAAAAGUCAUGGCUUUUCUUGGCGCCUUUUUGGCUUUCUCUACCUGUGUCUUUGGACCCGUGCUGGCAAGUGAGUGGUCUUUGCAGAACGAGGAGUCACUGAUUGCCGGGUGUUCACACUGACUUGAUCUACGUAUCCUGCUUUCGCACACAGACAUGAAAGUGAAUUUUUCGAGCAUGUCUCGCAGACGGAUCACCUUGGAUAUCUUUAUCCUUGCAAUUUCCCUCGUGCUCGCCGUCACGGGCACCGUCUGGGCUUUUCUGCCCGUAGCGACCAAGUUGCACCUUGCCAUUUGA